AAUGAAUAGUGACUCGAUACCAGAAUUUAUUCAAGUUUUUUCCAAAAAUAUUCAUCUUUUUGUACCCGCAUUGGUAUUAUCGUUUGUGGAAAUUGGAUGUUCAAUAUAUCGAACUGAUUUAGAAGCAGGGAUUCAAGUAGGAAUUCAAUAUGAGUAUUCUACACUUGUCCUUCUUCUAAUGGGGAUCUCUGUUCCUCUUUCCGUGUUAAAUCCUCCAAUGUGGUUUACGUUGUAUAUGACGUGCUUCAUACACAUGCUAUAUUUCAAAGAACUAUUUCUAUUUUCUCUGAUUGCCAUGUGUACAAUGUUCAUUGCUAUUGGAAUUCACGAAUAUAAACGAUUUAGAAUGCGAACGAAGUUGAAUGAUCAACGACUAUUUGAACAUUUAACAGUGAUUUAGAAGUGGAAUGGAAUAAUUAGUGCAAUGGAAACUCGAAUACUGGAAUGUGAUACGGUUCUAAUAAUUAAUUAUACAUGUUUGUGAUUAGUUUCUAAUCUAUUUUGUGUUAUUAACAUAUUUUCUUGGGUUUAAAAGAAUAAAUCAUUUCAAUUUUUC